AGAGAGAGAGAGGCGCGCGCGCGCCUUUCCGUCCCUCUUGUUGUGGAUUUGAACGCUAUAAAUCUCGCCAUUUUAUUUCAACGCACAACUCAGGAGACAUAAAACAACUCAGAUAUAUGUUUCUCACUCGGAAAUUCUUUGUUUGAAAUAUCACUUCCGCCAACGAAGAAGAAGGUUUGGCGCCACGACCGCUGACGUAGCCCGCUGCUAGAUUAGCUCGUAUUAGCUCUUAAGGUUGCUUGCGGAAAUACUGCAUCUUCUCAAAGUGAAUAAAUAAACAAGUAAAAUGGAUGCAGUCACACGGGAUCUGAGUCCUCGAGCUAAGAGAGAAAUGCAAGAUGCUUUGAAACAGCCAAGGACAGUGCCCAUGCUGACAGAACAGAACAGUGGUGCUGUGUUUCCACAGCAUUUGGUGGUUCAAAAAUCCUUCAGCUCAUCAUCGCUGACGAGCACGUCUCUCAACAACACUGUCCUGACGAGCACAGGUGAAUACAAGGAGGAUCGUAAACAGAGCAAGCAACCAGAAGGUGUCCGACUUAACAGCAUGAUUCAACAAAACAAGACUUCACAGAGUGAUGCAGCGAGUGGAUCGCCUGAAGUCUGCCUUUUUACUCCAGCUAUAGACUAUAACCAGGCCAUAUUUAGUGACCCCCAGGAGCCCUGCUUGAGUAUGGCACAUAAUGCAGCUUCAGCCAUCACUCACAAAUCAGAAUCAUCUGAUGUGUCAAGUUUUCCUGAUGAUUGUGAACAACCAGGGAAAUCACUUGAAGACAAUCCCCCUGGUGCCUGCAGAGCUUAUUCUAGACAUGGCAACGAUGAGACUCAGGUGCACAGUGGCAUCAAUGAAGACAAAGCUAUCACCUUAAGAUCAGUUCACAAGGAGUUUAGUCGUAUCCCCUAUAGUCAGGCACCUAAAAGUGAGGAAAACACAGAGAAGGAGUACAUGUGCAGCAAUUCAGUUAGUGUGAGAAGCAAAAGGGAGGAAGCGGUGCCAAGUCAUAUAGCCGUGAGUGAUGAUGGGGACUUAUCCUGCACUCACCACGAAGAGGAGUCCUAUGGGAAUGCGGCUGUAGGUGAAAAAGGUGAAAGAGAAAAAAUUGAAUUGCAAAUUUGUGAAAAUGUCCCUGUCAGUGAUGGGGGAACAGAAAACCAAGUUAAUGAGUAUGACACGAGCAAGAAAAUGAUCUCUGACUCUUUGAAAUGCACCAAGGGAUCAGUUGAACGUGAUGAUGUGGAGUUCGGCAGAAACGUCGCGACUCAGAGUGCAUGUCUUAAUGACUUGUGCGAGAAAAGAGGAAAACAUGCUGCUGGCGAGAUGACAGCCAUGCCUCAGAGUGAAAUGGCUGAUCACACAACAGUAAUUCUAAUCGCUGCAAGGAUCAGUCAAGAGGCCGCUGAAGGAGAUAAUGAGGCAAGCCCUUUCGUUGGAUUUGACCCAGCAAUCUGUAGAGAACCUGACAGGGUGAGCGUAAUAAGAUGCCAUGGCUUAGAGUGCGCUGCAGGUGUGGAAUUAUCUCCAUCAUCGAAAGCCUCUGAGAUAAACACAGCUCUUCCACUGUCUGGAGUAAAUCUUGAUCAGGCUGAGCGUUCUUUUGACCAAAGCAGAAAAGCGAGCCACGAUGAAAACAAGGAUUCAUGCCAGUUAGCUUCUGAAACACAGUCAUAUUCUAUCACGGCCAAUGAGAUACAUGAUGUGAAUGGUGAUGAGAGCUGUCAGCAGACAUUCUCCCCCAGCAGUUGUCAGCACAGACCUGAAAAUCACACUGCAGGAGACAACAGACAUGAAUGUCUGGCUACUGUGGGAGAUCAGUUCAAAGACCAAAGCCACUCAUGUCCCUCUUCCAUCGCUUCAGAGCACCUGGAGAUGCGAGAGGUCAGAUGGUCACAGCAAGUCUCACAUGAGACGAGAGAGAGACAGGAACAGGCUAAAGAAAAGGAUGGAUCAACAGUCCACUGUGAUGAUUGGAUUGUGGAAAUUUCAGAUUCAUGUGGAGAAACCUUGUUACCAGAUGAAAGCGGAGCUUCUUGGUGCUUAUAUGAUCACUCAUACAGGGUGAACAAUUUCACAAAUGACGAUUCAACAAGCAACAAUAGGAGCGACUUACUUGAACUGACAUCUGAUGAAUGCAACGUUCAUCCGUCAGACAAAGAUGGAGGUGAAGAUUUUUAUCUGACAAGUGAGGCUGUUGUACCGGGUCAAAAUGAUUCGAGCCCAGGAUGCCAGUCACAGAAUGUAGUCACAAACUCAUCAGCUCAGAACACAGCCGCUCCAGUGCCAUGUGUCCUAACUCAUUCCAAUCAGUUUGAAACUUUCGAAAAGAUCCAUCUCUCGCCAGAUGAUGAUAAUGAUCAGGACCUGGGCAGCCGCCAUCUUCUUACCAGCUUGCAGGGGCAGCUGUUGAAAACACUCCAGUGGGGACUUGACCAGACUAUGCCAGGGGCAGAGAGAGAUGAGCACAUGUUUAUUACGCCAAAUGAGGCGGAAGAGAAGGGCAAAGUAGAGAACUCUGAGUGUCAUAUUGAAAAGACACAUGAAUCUGUGAGCAGUGAUCUGAAUGGCAAAAAACCUCUGUCAGAUGUGAAGAAUCAGGAUCAACAGGAUGACGAUGUUCAGGAUGUGUUGAACACAGACAACAAAACCAUCUCCCUUUCCUGCCAAAGUACCCAUUCAGAGUUUGAGAUGAAAGAACAGUUUGAACUUGUCUUAAAGGAGCUGAAUCUGUAUUUUGAAAGCGGCAGAAGUGAUGCGGAAUAUGUCAGUGGUGACGGAUCAAAUGGGAAAAGUCAUGACACGACAGAUGUCUUGGAUGUCAGCCCGUCAGUGGAUAAAAAAAGUUGCAGUAGCCCAGAGGAAGUGGAUGAUGAUGAUGCAUUACCAGCAGACUGCUCCCAGGAAAUAUGUGGAGGGGUUUCAGCAGUUUUUACAGUUGCUGGCAACCACAGUGGUGAACAGGAGGUUCCCCACAGCAGCGUUUUGUGCCAGGAAGAGUGUGUGAACACCAGGGAGAAACCAAAAGAGCUCCCGGACGCUGAUCUGAAGAGGAAAUGGUCUCCAUCAUUCGACUGUGCCCCCCAACAUUAUCUCACAGUGACAUCAGCCCAGACUCAGCGGUUGGGGCCUCUAAGAACCUGCAUGAGGCCAAUCCGGCUCGGGCUCUCCAAGAGGGCGAAGACUAAACGACUUCACCGGCAUCAUCCCUACGAAUGAACUCUUCAACUAUGAGUGAGUGAAAAUUCUGCCUUGUCCUUUUUUCUCAGACAAGUUUGUUUGUUAUGAUCGUUCUACGACCUUAGUUACUUUGCAUUGCGUUUGUAAAAGUAUACAAGAAAUUACAAUGUAUGUCACUGUCCUUCAAACUUAUUAACUAUUGAUAUUUUAAUUAAUAACUUGAAUUUAAUAGUUAUGUGCCUGAGUUCCUGUGUUGAGACUUAAAACAAUGUUCAGCUUGUUCACCUUGUUUCUGUGUGUGUAGGUGUGUUCAAACAACCUAUAAAAAAGUACCGUGUUCUGUUGCAAUUCUGUGGCAUCAUUAGGAGAGUUCAUGUGUAUACAAACACAUCCGGGCGGAAAUCUGUGGGAGGGUGGCAGGAGUUUACUCUGCGUUCAUUUGAUCGUAUUUACAUAUUUCCAGUGUUCAUUUUUUCAACAAUGAAAUAGAAUUUUGCUGUGUUGUCAGCUUAACUCACUAUACAGAGAAACAGCAAAGAAAAGCAUCUUUUAUCUGAACACAUUAUUUAAAAUAAAAACU